AUGGCCGCGGGGCCCGGCGGGGCGGCGGCGGCGGCGGCAGCGGCCGGGGCGCGCGGGCUCGGGGCCGUCUGCCUGCGCCUCCUCCGCCGCGCCCGCCGCGCCGCCGCCGCGCUCAUGGCCUUCGCCGCCCCGCUGCUGUUCCGCCUGGGGUACAGCCUGUACGCCCGCACACGCCUGGGCUACCUGUUCUACCAGCGGCAGGUGAAGAAGGCGCGGGAGCGGUACCCGCACGGCCACUCCGUGCCCCGGCCCUACUGCUUCCCUGGGGUGAAAAUCCUGCCCAUUCCCGUCCUCUCCAACAACUACAGCUACCUGGUCAUCGACACUGGCUCCAGCCAAGCGGCCGUCAUCGACCCCUCUGACCCGCUGGCUGUACAGGCUGCCAUCGAGGAAGAGGGGGUGAUGCUGGAAGCCAUAUUCUGCACACACAAACACUGGGACCACAGUGGAGGGAAUGAGGCUCUCUGCCAGAAGCACAGCUCCUGCAGGGUGUAUGGCAGCGCGCUCGACGCCAUCCCACGGCUCACCAACCCACUUACAGACAGGGAGAAGGUGACCGUGGGCUGCCUGACCUUCGAGGCCCUCGCCACGCCUGGCCACACUGUGGGCCACAUGGUCUAUGUGCUGGACGGGGGCCCCUUUGGCAGCCCCCCCUGCCUCUUCUCCGGGGACCUCCUCUUCCUCGCUGGCUGUGGCAGGCCGUUUGAGGGCUCCCCUGAGACCAUGCUGGCCUCCCUGGACGUGGCCGUGAGCUUGGGCGAGGACACGCUGCUUUGGCCGGGCCACGAAUACGCGCUGGAGUGCCUGACCUUCGCCAGCCUCCUGGAGCUGGACAAUUCCGCGCUGGAGCAGAAGCUGCAGUGGGCGGUGCAGCAACGCCAGGAGAAGAGGAGCACGUGCCCCUCCACGCUGGGGGAGGAGCAGACCUACAACCCCUUCCUGCGGACCCACCGGCCCGAGCUGCAGGAGGCGCUGGGGCUGUGGCAGGCCGGGGGGGAGGACCCCGACGCCUUCCGUGCCCGGGUCCUCAAGGAGGUGCGGAGGCGCAAGGACCUCUACCAAGCCACCUAGAUCUGCCCCCCUGCCCGGGCCCCCCCUUUCCACGGGGCCGGGUGAUGGCUGGGCACAGGGGGCCCAAGGCUCUGUGGUUUGUUUUGCUGUGAAUCUCCCUCCUGGGGUGCAGGGUUGGGGGAAGAGUGGACACCCCCUUAAGUGGGCACCCCAUAAGUGAUCCUUGCCUUUGCUCCCUCCAACUUGGGGGUCACCAGCUGUCACGUAGAAGCACCUCAAUCCCUUCUUGGGGGUCUGUAGCCCUCCACCUCAAUGCUGGGGCUAUAGGAAUGGCACCAAGGGCUUCUCCUACAAUCCCCCACCCACUCCCCCGGUUUUCUGGGAGUCUCAAAUUUCCCCAUCACCACCACCACCACCACUCAGCCCCCUCCCCCGUUUUUCUGGGAGUUUCCUAUUUCCCCACCACCACCACCACUACUCAGGCCCCUCCCCUUAAGCCCCCAGUGUUGUGAAUCUCCUUUGUGGGGGCUGGGAUGGAGCCAGCAAGGGGAGGCGGGCCGACAGUACUACCUCCAGGCACGGGGCUCCCAUCCUUGACGCCGGAGCCCCCCUGUACGCACACACACGCACGCACACACUGGGACGGGGCCAGAGGGUCGCACUGCUGGGGUGUGGCGGGUGCUGCUUCGCUGGAGAUCGGAGCCACAAUCACCCGCACGCCCCAAAUAAAAGACUGGAUCAAUUUUA